AUGGAGACGACACCGGCAGAGCUCAAGGCCGCGGCCACCGCCGACAGCAAGCGCGCUACGGGAUCCACAACGACCUCAGACUCGGAAGACGAGAGAGCGCACAGGCAGGCCAAGGAGACCGACCUCCCAAAUGCCCACACACGCCCAAAAGACUGGCCCCGCCGCAAAAAAUGGACCGCCACCCUCCUCCUCAGCGCCUUCGCCUUCCUGCAACCGCUCUCUGAGACGAUGCUCGCGCCCACUCAAAUCUCCAUCUCCACCUCCCUCUCCAUCUCCUCCCCAUGGCAAUGGCUGCUAGUAAACUCCCUAAUCCUAAUCGGCGUCGGUCUCGGCCCCCUCCUCCUCGCGCCCCUAUCCGAGAUCUACGGCCGCAAGCCCGUCUUGCUCGGUGGCAGUCUGGUAUUCGUGGUGUGGAACACGGCGUGCGGUUUGAGUAAAAGUCUGGGCCAGCUGCUGGCUUUUCGGCUGUUGAGCGGGUUCGGGGCGUGUGUCGCUGAUGCGCUGGCGGGCGGGCUGAUGGGUGACUUGUGGCGCGCUGACGAGCGCGGGAGGGCGUUUGCAGUGUUCAUGGCUGCGCCGCUGCUGGGGCCUGCGCUGGGGCCGAUCUGCGGCGCGUAUAUAUCCGAGGGCACGGGGGACUGGCGCUGGGUGUUUUGGAUCACUUCUGCGGCUUCGGGGGCGGUGAUUUUACUCGCUGCGGUUUUUCUGCGCGAGACUUAUGAGCCGCGGUUGGUGUUGCUGGCGGCGAGGAAGGAGGAGCGGAGGAGGCGGGCGGCUGAUUCUGGAUCUGGAGCUGGAAGCAUCGUUGAAGAGGGAAAGGAAACGGGAGAGGAGAAGACACCCCCAUCACCAACUGACCUCAAGACCCCCUUCCUGUCCCUAAUGCGCACGAACCUGCAGCGCCCCUUCCGCAUGCUCGGCACACAGGUAAUCGUGCAGCUGCUAGCGACCUACAUGGCGCUCCUCUACGGCACAAUGUUCCUCUUUCUGUUCAUGUACCCGCGGAUGUGGGCCGAGCAAUACAGCCAAGGCGUGCGCACCGGCUCCUUAAACUACAUCUCGUUCGCCAUCGGCCUAAUCGCAGGUGUCAAUGUGGCGGGCCACCUCAGCGACAGGGUCUACGCGCGUCUCAAGGCGCGUAAUGGCGGUGAUGGCGGUGAUGGCAAGGGCCGCCCCGAGUUCCGCGUCCCGACCAUGGUCAUCGGCACCGCCCUCGUGCCCGUCGGCCUGCUGUGGUGGGGGUGGUCCGGCCAGCCGCGCCUGCACUGGAUCAUGCCGAAUAUCGGCAGCCUGAUCUUCGCGGCGGGCGUGUACGUCUGCUCGGGCUGCGUGUCCGUGUACACCAUUGACACGUACGGGCGGUACGCGGCGUCAGCCAUCUCGACGAACUUAGUUCUGCGCAGCCUAACGGCCGCCUUCUUCCCGCUAUUCGCGCCCUACAUGUUCGACAGCCUGGGCUUUGGCCUCGGGGCCACGGCGCUGGCAGGCGGGUUUGCCGUCUUUGGCACCGUCGUCGUGGCGGUCUUGUGGUUCUAUGGCGAGAGGCUUCGGGGGCGGAGUACUUAUUGCGCGGCUGGUAGCGAGGACGACUGA